UAAUCGGAAAAGGAGCUUCAUAUACACCUAGGUGUAUAUAACAGACGAAACAACAAAACCCGAGUUCGAAUCUAGGUGGGACCUUGUUUAUAAAUCAUAGUUUCAAAAUCGUCAAACCCUUUGAUAUGGCAAUCUCUUUGAUUUCCACCAUCUUUCAAACUCAAACUGAAAGUCUGAAACUAAAACCAUGAAAGUACAAUACUUGAUCCCCUCAAACCUGAAUCUCUCUCUAACCUCCUCACACUCAGCUCCUCUACUCAAAAUGGACGUUGAAACCGCCGAUAAAAUCCACGUCACUGUCACCGACAUCCUUAAUUCCUCCGACAGUGAUUCCCUCACUGAGAAACAAAUCCGACAUCUUGCCUCCCUUAAACUCAACCUCGACCUCUCCGAUUUGCCCCACAAAUUUUUCAUCCGACAAAUCAUCGAAUCUUUCUUACGCUCUUCCGACCAUCCUCAAAACGACACCGUUUUGCCCCCUAAUUUACCCUCAACCUCCAUUAAUGAACCCCUCAAAGAAACUCCAUUACCACACUCAGAAAGUAAGCUUUUUGAUUCAUGUCGAGUUAUUUGCAAGUUGUCACAAAAGAGAGAUUUAGCAGUGAGAAAUUCAGGAGGGAGAACAGUUGUUUCAAUUGGAGAGUUAUCUAUGAAGGAUGGGAAGGCCAUUCCAACCCCAAAUAAAUGCAUCAACUUAUUUCCUGACCAAUGGUCACUUCUCCGAAAGGGCAUCCCUGCAGUUGAUGAAGCUAUAAUAGAGGCUGAAUCAAAAAUAAGAUCUGAACUUGAGAGUAAACAAGGUUUUGAUAAGCUUGAUACAUCUGCAUAUAGAAACAAACAGAAUGGUGGAGAACACUUUGGACAAAGUGGAGCUGAAUCAACUAAAAAAGAUGGUGCAUACCAUAGAACUAGACUUAUGGCCGCUAGAGAACAUACUCAAGAUACUUCAACUGUGGCUUCUACGCCCCUAAGACUUGUACCUAUUGAAGUCAUUCGUUUUGAUGGUAAGAAUUACCAGCAAUGGGCUGAUCGUAUGGAAUUAUAUCUGAACCAAUUGAAGGUUGCUUAUGUGCUUUCUGAACCAUGCCCUAGUGGGCUGGGAGUUGCAGACAAGAAUAUUGCACAGACUUUAUCUGCUGCAGAAAGAUGGAUGGAUGAUGACCAUAUAUGUCGUCAAAACAUCUUAAACUCCCUAUGUGACAAUCUUUUAAGACAUUAUUCUGAGAAAUCAGGCACUGCUAAAGAUCUUUGGGAAGAACUCAAGCUUGUCUAUCUUCAGGAAGAACAUGGAGCUAAAGUUUCUCUGGUUAAGAAGUAUAUUGAUUUCCAGAUAACUGAAGAGAACUCGAUCUUUGAGCAAGUUCACGAGUUCCAUCAGAUUGCGGAUGCACUUAUUGCUUCGGGUAUGUAUGUUGAGGAAAAGUUUCAUAUGAACGUCAUCAUUUCUAAGCUUCCCCCAUCUUGGAAACCCUUCAGCAUCCAGUUGAUGAAGGAAGACAACUUACCUGUAUGGAUGUUGAUGAAUCAGCUAAAGGCAGAAGAGGAAUCUCGUCAGAAAGGUCAUAAAGGUAACACUCUUGUUCCUAGGGCCGACUUUCCUGUGCUUCAGCCCCACAAGAAAUUCGGACCCCAGAAAAUUCCAAUGAAGAAGCCUGGAGUUCCUCAUGCUAGUCCUGAAGCAGACGGGGUUAAGAAGUUUAAGUUCUGCAACAUUUGUAAGAAGAGGGGGCAUUACAUGGAGCAAUGUUGGUUCCGGAAAACUGAAGGGAUGGAUAAUGCAAAUGUAAAGGAUAGUGUCACUUCUACAAAUGUUGUUGUUGGGAGCAAUGGGGCAGACAAAGAUGGAGCUGUAGGUGAUAGUACUAAUUAGGUACCUCGCUCUCCUCCUUAAACUCAAAAUUAUACUAAUUAUUCGUAAUUAAAUCAUCAUGUCUUUUGUGAACCAUGCCAAUGAUUGGACUAGUGGAAAGGUUUUGCUGGCUAGGUAGGAAUAUGUAAAGAACCCUGAGGCAAGGGACAGAAUAUGGUGCGAUGAUCUUAGAUUGUCUUAUAUGAAGUAAUUUUUUGCUUUCAUUACUA